GGAAAGGGUGUUUGGUGUUGCUAAGCAAAGGCUGCGACUUGGACAGUGGGAGCUUGUGGUGACAUCUUGAUUAGGCCUUGGGGACAGAUGUAGAGCUGUCCGGGUGAAAUGCCGAGACAGGCCAGGGUGGGAAUGGAUAAUAGAGGGGAUGGAGGUAAAGAGGAGCCUUGGCAGCAGAUGCCUCAGCCCAGAACAGAGAUCUGAGGAGCCUCGGCUUCCUCCCCACAAUAGAGCUGUUGAUGGGAGCCUUUCUUUGCUCUGUACCCACUAUUCCUUGCUGGCCAGCUAGCAUCCUGGCACCCUGGAGCCCCUGGUCAGGAAAGGGAGAGCAGUUAGGAUGAGGUCCCUUGCAGAGAAGUGUGGAGGUUCUCCAGCCUCAUGGCUGUUCCCUAGAGGUAGCUACUCUUUGAGGGUCUCAGGGAGGGCAGCAGGAGCAGGUGGGCUAGACUCCUUCAGCAUGUGAAACACAUUUAGCUUGUGGGAUGUUGCCCUGGUCCCUGUCUCUCCCUCUUGCUUUUCUGCCCGGUACUCACCUCCUAGUUCCUCAUGAUAUGAAUCUCAUGAUUUGACUUUGCCCUCUAAGGGCUCAGGCAAUCUAUGAUGACUUUAACUAAGAAAAUUUCUAUGGGACCUGAGAGCAACCUUAAUUCUUGGCUUUGACAUUCUGGGAUUUCUUGGGAGUCCCAAGCAUUUGAAAUUCCCUCACUGGGGUUUCUGAGGCUGAGAGAGGAACUGCUGAACUUCCUAAAUCUGAUUCUAGUCCCCUUCUCCCUUUCGCUGGAAAUCACAAUCCUUGGGGCCCCAUAAAGAUUUUCCAACCCCUGAAACAAUUCAUUUUUAUGUAUUAGCCCAUAAAGGUAGACUUGAGCCUGUUUUCCCUCUUACCUUUAUCCUGGGGAGGGCAGCAGCAUCAAAGAGCCUCUUGAACUACUGGCAUGAUUCUGGAGGCACCUGCUCGCCCUUCUGUUCCCGGCCUUAAUAGCGAAGGCACAAAGGAGGUUUUCCCCUUAAUGUCUCUAACUACCCCUUUAAGGAUAUUUCCCCCCAUAUAUCAAGCCCCUGGCCCCAAGAGACAGCCUCAACCUAGUAGGCUGGGACCAGCAAUGGAUUUCCAGCAAGCUCCUUAUCCUUUUAGGGUCAAGGACUCAGUGCCAGAGCCCAAAGCUCUGUUCUUCCCCCAUUACUAACAUAAGUGUUUUAGGGCAAGUCAGCACUAAUGAUUGAAAAGGAAUGAGAAGAUACCCUUUCAGCCCUUCUAACCUUAGUUAACCCCACACGUAGUUGAAAGGACAUAUUUUAAAAGUGGGUCUGGGUCUACAAGUCUCAGUUCACAUUCUGAGAUGCUCACUUCAUGAUAUGUGUGUGGUUCUGAUUUGGGCAACUUUUGUAGAUAACCAUGGCUCAUCUAAAGAGCCCCAGCUGGGGGAACUCAGUUUUAAGCCAUAAGUCUUUUUCUAUAGGUAGUAAACAAAUUUCCUCAGACUUUGAUGGGAUAGAGUGCGGGAAAUGGGACUUUUAGGAGAGGAUAUGAAUGGGAAAUGGUCCCAAAGUCCUGAGUGGUUGUUUUCUUCCCACUGACCAAAGCUGGAGAGGGAUCCCUCAGGAGGGUGUGUUCCGGAUUUCUUGCCUCAGGCCCAAGACUCCAACCAUUUUAUAAUGGAAUCUUUAUUUUGUGAAAGUAAGUAUGUGCAUAGCUGGGAAAUUGGGUAAAGUACUAAUAGGUGGACUUUAGGGAUGAAUUUUAGGGUUUGUCUCUCUCUCUCUUUCUCUGUCUUCCAUAUUUAGGGCUGUCUGCACAUAUCCAUGCAUGUUCAUGUUAGCAGGUAAUGUAGAGGCUAUGAGUAUGUUUAACCCAGUAGGUAUGUUCUCUGUAUAUGUAUCUACAUAUGUGAUAUGUGUCUGUGUCUGUGUGUGUCUACAUGUUUUAUUUCACCUGUGUAUUUGUAUAGAAGAUUGUGGGGAGGAGGGAUUUUUUUUUUAAGACAUUGAUUUAUAUCUUCAGGUGUGAUAUCUGAUUUUUUAAGACAUAUAUGAAAUUCUCAAAAAGCAUUUUUACAAAGCCAUUUGUCAACAAGUUAAAAUGAAUAUAUUGAAAAUAAACUGAUGAUUUCACUUUCAAGGGAAUACCAAGUAGUAAAUAUCUGAUUGGAAUCAUAUCGGAUAGGAUGCUAGAAUAGUCAAAUUUUUGCUAAUUUUAGAAAGUCUAAUGGACCCAACUCUCCCCUCCUGAAACAGUGUGUUGCAGUUGGCUGUGUAGGUGGUGGUUAAGAACAUGGGCGCUUUUUGUGAUCAGAUCCCGGUGCCACCACUACCAGCUAUGUGACCUUGGACAAGUAACAUAGCCUCUUUUGUGCUUCAGUUUCCCCAUCUGCAAAAUUAGGGUAAUACUGGUACCUACUUCAUAAGGUUGUUGUAAAGAUUAAGUGACAUAAUUCAUUUAAGGUGUAUUGAACAAUGCCUGGUACAUAGUAAGCACUCAAUUAAUGUUAGCUGCCAUCGUUAUGAUUGCUAUUAUUAUCAUUAGAUUCAGGGACAAUUCCAGCUGCCCUUCCUGCAGAUCCCGUACCUGGUGUUGGGGGCUCCGGAGAGGAACAAUAGGGAAGAACGGCUGUCCUGAACCGCCUCCCUGCUGAGGCCCCCAUUUUCCUCUCUACCCCGGCCCGCCCAGCCCCAGCCCUGCUUCCUGUGGACGUCAGGCAGUGAUGCUCUUCCCCUCAGGCCUAGAUAAAGGUAGCGGGGACUCAUCUCUGGAGAAGGAGUUCCUUGGGGCCCCAGUGGGGCCCUCGGUGAGCACCCCCAACAGCCAGCACUCUUCUCCCAGCCGCUCACUCAGUGCCAACUCCAUCAAGGUGGAGAUGUACAGCGAUGAGGAGUCGAGCAGACUGCUGGGGCCAGAUGAGCGGCUCCUGGAAAAGGACGACAGUGUGAUCGUGGAAGACUCGUUGUCAGAGCCCCUGGGCUACUGUGAUGGAAGUGGGCCAGAGCCGCACUCCCCUGGCGGCAUCCGGCUGCCCAAUGGCAAGCUCAAAUGUGACGUCUGUGGCAUGGUCUGCAUUGGACCCAACGUGCUCAUGGUGCACAAACGCAGUCACACAGGUGAAAGGCCCUUCCACUGCAACCAGUGUGGCGCCUCCUUCACUCAGAAGGGGAACCUGCUGCGCCACAUCAAGCUGCACUCUGGGGAGAAGCCCUUCAAAUGUCCCUUCUGCAACUAUGCCUGCCGCCGGCGUGAUGCACUCACUGGCCACCUCCGAACACACUCGGUCUCCUCUCCCACGGUGGGCAAGCCCUACAAGUGUAACUACUGUGGCCGCAGCUACAAACAGCAGAGUACCCUGGAGGAGCACAAGGAGCGGUGCCACAACUACCUGCAGAGUCUCAGCACUGAAGCCCAAGCUCUGGCUGGCCAACCAGGUGAUGAGAUACGUGACCUGGAGAUGGUGCCAGACUCUGUGCUGCACUCAUCCUCUGAGAGGCCCACUUUCAUUGAUCGUCUGGCCAACAGCCUCACCAAACGCAAGCGUUCUACCCCCCAGAAGUUUGUAGGUGAAAGGCAGAUGCGCUUCAGCCUCUCGGACCUCCCCUAUGAUGUGAAUUCGGGUGGCUAUGAGAAGGAUGUGGAAUUGGUGGCACACCAUGGCCUAGAGCCUGGCUUUGGAGGUUCUCUGGCCUUUGUGGGGGCAGAGCAUCUGCGUCCCCUCCGCCUUCCACCUACCAACUGCAUCUCAGAACUCACGCCCGUCAUCAGCUCCGUCUACACCCAGAUGCAGCCCCUCCCUGGUCGGCUGGAGCUUCCAGGAUCCCGAGAAGCAGGUGAGGGACCCGAGGACCUGGCUGAUGGAGGUCCCCUCCUCUACCGGGCCCGAGGCCCCCUUACUGACCCUGGGGCAUCCCCAAGCAAUGGCUGCCAAGACUCCACAGAUACAGAGAGCAACCACGAAGAUCGGGUUGGGGGGGUGGUAUCCCUCCCUCAGGGUCCCCCACCCCAGCCACCUCCCACCAUUGUGGUGGGCCGGCCCAGUCCUGCCUACGCCAAAGAGGACCCCAAGCCACAGGAGGGGUUACUGCGGGGCACCCCAGGCCCCUCCAAGGAGGUGCUUCGGGUGGUGGGUGAGAGCGGUGAGCCCGUGAAGGCCUUCAAGUGUGAGCACUGCCGCAUUCUCUUCCUGGACCAUGUCAUGUUCACGAUCCACAUGGGCUGCCAUGGCUUCAGAGACCCUUUUGAGUGCAACAUCUGUGGUUACCACAGCCAGGACCGGUACGAGUUCUCUUCCCAUAUUGUCCGGGGGGAGCACAAGGUGGGCUAGGACCCACUGCCCUCCCCUCAGUUUACCACUCCACUGCCCCACCUACGGGAGUCUAGCCCUGUCCCCACCGCAUCCCAAGGAGUCUUGCUGUGUAGCCCCCACCACUGGCUACCUAACUUUACACUUGACCCCGAAUCCUCACCUGUUCUCCUCCCCUACGCUGACUGAUUCAAGCAUUGUGAUGAAACAGGUCUUUUCCUUAAUGUUUCUCCUUUUUCUGUUAACCUCUCAUCCCAGCAUACUCGCUGAGUUAUUUAUUAAUAUAAUUAGUUGAUUUUCCUUUUAACUUAUAUCAGUCACUUGCCACUCCCCAUCCUCCUGCCUACAGUCCCUUUCCACUCUAGGCCUAGUUUUUCUCUUUGUUCUGGCUUUCUCCAUAGCCCCGGGGGAGGGGGGAGCUCCUCUUAGUACUAAGAGACCUUGAGCUUCUUGCUUUAAGUCCUCGCCUUUUGCAUCACGUGUUUCUUCAGUUUUGAUGCUGGUAGCUCCCUCUGGCCCUACCUUAGCUCUGUGGCAUUAUACCUCCUCUCUGGGACCCUUCAGCCUGGUACUCCAUACCUCUUGUGCCCUCUCACAUUAGGCAGCUUGCACUUUUCUUGAACAAAUGAAGAAUUCCCUCAUUUGAAAGUAGGAGGGACUGAAGAAAUUCUCCCCAGUCACCAUGGGACUGAGGGUCCUCUUGAUGUCCCCCUAGUAACAUGAGUUCCCCAAAGCCCACAUUCAGGAUCUCCCUCUAGGAUGUGAUGUAUCUCUUCCCUCUUCUCGAAAAACCCCCAACACUGCUCUACUCGCUUCAACCUGCCAGUCUACUCAGUGGUAGCUUUUUUCUCCUUGGAGUGCCCCAAUUUUAUAUUCUCAGGGGCCCGGGCUUAGUCUGCAGUCCUCUGUCUCUAACACGUUGGGAGCCACAGGUGCCUAAUUGGGAACCGGGGCAUGGGAAGGGGGUGGUUCAAAAUUCUUCUUACUCUUCCACCUCUCAGACUUCUUCACUCUAGUGACCUUCCUAGGCUCUCAGGGACUCCUGCAGGCCCCGUCCUAUGAGAAACUAGUUUGUUGCUGCCUGAUGACAAGGGGCUAUCUCAACCCCUCAGUCAUACUGCCUUCUUCUCCCCCCUCAGCAGGAUUCACCUUCUUAGGGAGAAAAGAGUGUUUCUUUUCUCUCUUCUAAUUUUCAGUAUAACCAAAAAAGUAUCCCAGGAUGAGCAAGGGCAUGUGCCCCUCACCCCGUUCCACUCUUGUCCCAGCAAGAACGGGAUGGGCACAACUGAAAUGGGGCUCGUCUGUUACUGCCCCCUUCUACACUCAGCUCCCAGGCGUAGGGCAGGAGGGGGCCCGCUCCUCCUGGCUACUGCAGAGACCCCCCCGGCAUCUGGGUAACCUAGUUCGUGAGAAGGGGGCAGGAGGAGAUACAGCCCCACUGCAGGUAGAGGUCUCUCUCUGCCAGAGUUCCCUGCCCAAGGCCACAGCCAUCCCAUUCUCUGCUUCCUUGAGAUUCAAACCAAAGGCUGUUUUUCUAUAUUUAAAGAAAAAAAAGUAAAAACCAAACGUAACACCUCACAAGUUGUAACACUUGGUCCUUCCCUCUCCUUUCCUCUUCCCUCCCAUCUUCCUUUCCACGUGUCCUUUCCUUAUUGGCUCUUUUACCUCCUGCUUUUCUCACUCCCUAUCAGGGAUCAUUUAAGGGGAUGGUAAAGGAACAGACCCUGGGGUUGGGGCUCUUAAGGGCUCUAAGAAGAGUCUACCUUACUCUCUUAUGGGAAGGGAGACCCUAAAAAACCACCUCCUUCUCUUCCUCCUUCUUCUCCCCCAUUAUGUGGUCUCCCCAAGAGAACCAGAUUGUCAGGGAGGGGCAUUGCGGAUUGAUUUUUCCUCCUUGACAAUGUAGCAAUAAACAGAUGCUGCCAAAGGCAGAGGAUGGGGGAGUUAUCUGGGAGGAUAGUGGUCUCUAGAGAAGGGGAGAGUUUUCUCAACAGCAACCGGGGGAACUGGCUCCUUGUUUCAGGAUGGCAGCAGAGCUGAGAUUAAUAUCUGGGGUUCUCCUCAACUGUUAGAUCUACCACCUCUUCUGUGUCUGCUGUGUAUUUAGUAAUACCUCAUAAGGAGACUAGUCCCUUAUGGGGUAUCAGAGCCUUAGGGUGCCACCAUCCCCUCCCCCAGUCAGCUUUGGCACCUGUAACCUCCUGGAACAUGAAAGACUAUGCUCUGAGGCUGUACCCUGAGCCCAUGAGAGCAGAGACUGGAAGGCAAGACCAGGUGCUAAGGAGGGGAGAGAAGGGCACUCUGUCUCUCUCCAGACCAUCACUGCACUUUAACCAGGGUCUUAGGUACAAAAUCCUACUUCCUAGAGCCGUUCAGCUCUGGAAACUCAAACACACUCAUGCUCUGUCUCCCAACUCCUUUUGCAUAAAAAAAAAAGUAAAAAAAGAAAAAAAUACAUUGAAACCCACAUGGAGAAAAGAGGUGUUUUCCUUUUAUAUUGAUAUUCAAAAUUAACACCACACACAAAAAAUUUCUAAAUAGACACUUUUCCAGAUCUUUGUUUUUUCGUGUCAAUGUCCAAGCUGCAGGUGGGAUUUUGUAACACUUCUGGCAGCUUCUGUCCUUGUGUAAAUAAUAUAUAUAUUAUAUAUAUUUUUAAUCAGAAGUUAUGAAGAACAAAAAGAAAAAAAACAGAAGCAAGUGCAAUACCACCUCUCUUCUCUCUCUCUCCCAGGGUUUCAUUUGUAGCCUAUGCUUGGUGUCUCCUUGGACUUUACCCCUUCAUCUUCUUCUCUUCCUCUGAUUCCCCCUCCCCCACUUUUUUUUUUUUUUUAAGAGUUUUUCUCCUUUCUCAAGGGGAGUUAAACUAGCUUUUGAGACUUAUUGCAAAGCAUUUUGUAUAUGUAAUAUAUUGUAAGUAAAUAUUUGUGUAAUGGAGAUAUACUACUGUAAGUUUUGUACUGUACUGGCUGAAGGUCUGUUAUAAAUAAACAUGAGUAAUUUAACACCC